AUGUAUAAACUACAGGUCUUAUUGGUACCCCCAAGUAUACAAAAUAAUAACUUUUCGUUAAACUAUAAUUAUGGGCAAGCAAAUAAUUCAAUCGCCGAUCAAUCUCAGCAAUUGCCGAAUAAAGUGAACGGUACUUUUAAUAAUACAUUUAAUGGUCAGUCGCAACCUGAUAGUUCGAUUUUUCCUGUACUGACAAGGAGUAACAGUUCCUUGCUUACACCUAACUACUAUGCACAGAGAAGUAUGAAGAAGUUCUUGCAUUUUACCAAAGCAAAUAAUACGUUGUUAGAUCUUUCUGAUGAGAUAAAUGAUAAAUGCAAGGCAAUGUACCCUUCUCUUGAGGCCGAUUUGGACAUAUUAAGUCUACAAGAUAGUAACGGUUGUGAUUUAGAUCCUGACUUUGUCGUCAAGGAUGUAUUUAAUGUGGAUAACAUAGUAAGAGUAAUAUUAAAUGACGAACUUGAUAUAUCAGAGAUUACUCCUGUCUCGUCAUACCGUUCGAUAAAAAGAAGGAGGCUGAAUCCCGAAUCUCUUGCAGAUAGCAAAGAUCAAUCAGAUUUUGGGGUGGAGUCACAAUCAAUAAAGGUGGUAAAGAAAAGAGGCUCAACUUCGAAUGUUAUUAAAGGUCAAUCUAAUAUUAAUGGUAGAAUUUCUACACCGCUAGCUAGACAAUUGUAUCCACCUAGCGCAAUUUUCGAACCUCAGAAUUCGGAUGAUGAAGAAGUUGCUGAUCGUUCUUUUCUUCCUCCUCCUAUACAGCCAGGCUCCCCUCCGAUUAGAAUUAGUUCCGGCAUAGAUACGAAUGUGAGAAAGAUAACAUCUAGAAUUGGAGAGCAAGAUACUGUAUCUAGAUCAGCCACUGUUGAUCCAGAUAAAUCUAGACAACAGAGACUUCUUUCAGGAACUCCGGUGAUGUCAACUAUGACACCCAAUCGUGUAACAUUGACAGGACAAAGGGUUAUAUCUGAACAGAGACCCAAUGAUUCCGUUCUAACUUUCACAAACAGGCAUAUUAAUGAACCAAGUCAUUCAAGAAGAAUAACUUCAGGAAUGCUACAAAUUCCUGAACCAAAGAUUGCAGAGAUGGAGAAAGAGCUUCUUGAGGGGCCCUCUAGCCCAUCUACCAUUUUGCCUCCUAUUCCUGAUAAGAUUCCCAUGAAAAAGCCAUUUAUAGAAACGGAAAGAUAUUAUUCAGAGGACAGUUCCGAAACUGAAAGUAACUCUGGUGAGAUCAAUGCUAAGUCCUCAUUACACCGCCAGACUUCAAUUGCUGAUAAUAAUGGGUCCCCGUUAAGGACUAAUUUUCUUAAUGAAGCUGUUCACUUAGCAGAUUUACCUGAGUUGCAGAAGUCUGAGAAAGCUAGCAAACCCAGAAAACAGGUUUAUGGUAGCAUUACUGUUAAUUCAAGUAAUUUGCAACCGAUUCCUAAUAACAUUAAUAAUUAUGUUGAAACUAAUGCUACAAAGGUGAGAUCUACUGUCAAUGAUUUUGGUAUCUCAUCGUCUUCUGAUGACGAAACAACGUCAGAAACUCAUUCCAAAAUGUCUGAUGAGGAUUAUGAAUCAUCUGAUAGUAACAAAACCAUAUUUGAAGAUGAUGAUGAUGAUGAUGAUGAUGAUGAUGAGGCUAACUCAACUGUUGUCCAUAUCCCAACCAAACCUGUCCUGACCCGAAAGAGUAAUAAAAAGAUUUUUCAGAGAGAUGAACUACUCAGGCUAAUGGAAGGAGACAGAGACGGCUUGCCUGUUUCAAUUAAGAGAGAGCUUUUAAAAAUGUAUCCUGAUUUCCCACCUCAAAAACAUGACAAAAAACUGGGUCCUGAAUCGAAAUUACAUCCUAGUCAUAAUGCCAUACCUAAAUCUCCAGGUAGUGAUGGAGAUAAGCAAAAAAAUAGCGCACAAAUUCCCCAUAUUGAAUAUUCUUCAGAAGAAUCUUCAGAUUCUCUUUCCGAAAUUUAUGUUGAGGAGGUGGAUGAAACUACGAAAGGACAGAAGAAAAAACCGAACAGACGGAACAAGAACAGUGAGGAGCCAUUGUCUGAGCUACAUCCACUAAAAGAAACAGUAAUUGAUAUAAAGCAAAAUGGAAACAGAUCAGUCAAAGAGAAUAUUACAGAAUCUUUAGACUCAAAUAAAGAACAUGGAGAAUCGGUAGGGAAGAAUGAUUUUGACGUUAACAAUACAGAAGAGAUGAGUCGGCACCAAGUGAAUAGUAAUUUACAUGAAUUACCCAUAAAGGUGCAUUCCACUGAUUCCUUAUCUGAGACAAAUGCUAGAAAUGAAUCAGGAGAUAAUGCAUAUAAUUACAAAACUUCUAAAAGUGCUGAUCAGAAUGAUGAUUUAGCGUCUACUGCGAAUAAUGAUAUUUUCAAGUCACUGGUAGAUUUCAGAUCUUUAGUAGCUAAAAUUAAGAAAGAUAAAUCAGAAAAUAAUCCUAAUGGCUCUGCUAUGCGUGAUAAUAGCCAGGGUAGUUCAAACUCACCUGUUUUAAAUUCAACAAGUUUUCCGAAUGUUGUAAAUAACGCUGCCUUUGGAUCUACAUAUACAAGAAAAGAUACUGAUAAAAACGUUUCUUUGAAAGAUAAUUCUAAGUUGGUGUCUAGUGCUGUCAAUGCUUCUGCCUCUCAAAAUGAACAAGGCCCACCAAUAUAUCCUCCUGAAACUGAGCGUUCUGGAAAAGAGUUAAUUGAAUCGAAAAUAAAGGGUUUACCACCAUCUAAACUAAUACAAGAAAAAUCAAGCACCUUCCGGACUCCUCAUUCUAAAAGUGCGCAGACUACUAGUCCUAUUGCAGAGGUAGUUUCAGGACAUGAAGUUGCUGUUAAACAGAUAGAGGAUAUGCAACAAUUUAAACCCCUGGACGUUAGGAAAUCAACAUCUACUUCUCUUCUAAAGAAAAUACCAGCCAAGGAUGUUCCUGUCACUCAAGUAAAGAAUACGCCAUCUACGAAGGCAGUACAGGACAAAGAGACUGUUGGCCCGGCCACACAGCAUAAGUCCACACAGUUGGAGGCCAACUCAGUUCCCAAGAAGGUACCAGCCAAGGAUGUUCCUGUCACUCAAGUAAAGAAUACGCCAUCUACGAAGGCAGUACAGGACAAAGAGACUGUUAGCCCGGCCACACAGCAUAAGUCCACACAGUUGGAGGCCAACUCAGUUCCCAAGAAGGUACCAGCCAAGGAUGUUCCUGUCACUCAAGUAAAGAAUACGCCAUCUACGAAGGCAGUACAGGACAAAGAGACUGUUAGCCCGGCCACACAGCAUAAGUCCACACAGUUGGAGGCCAACUCAGUUCCCAAGAAGGUACCAGCCAAGGAUGUUCCUGUCACUCAAGUAAAGAAUACGCCAUCUACGAAGGCAGUACAGGACAAAGAGACUGCUAGCCCCGCCACUGAGCAUAAACCCUCAAAGCGCGUUGACCGUAAAGUCUUGGAUAGCACACAGAAGGAAAUCUCCAUUACCCAAAAUAACAGUGUGCAGUCAAAGAAAGUAGUACAGGAUAACACUGUGGAUGUAGCUAGUCAUAAACAGCAAGACCCAUAUGUAUCAGCUAGAGAUACAUUGUACACAAAAUUGACUGGAGGUGAACAGGGUGAUAACCAUUUAUCGACGAGCAAAGCAACUGCGAAAGUUGAUUUACCUACGAAAAAACUGCCUAAUGCAAGUAAUGGCAAUGUAGUUAUCUCACAAUCACCUUCUGAUAUAAAUGCCUCCCAAACUUCAACUAAAAACAAAGUAACCCCAUCUUCAGUUGAGAAUCAAUCGGGGUCAAGUAAAAAUCCAAAUAUUGCCAGUAAAAAUAAACAAGACAUUACGACUUCAGAAAAGGAUAAUAGCAUUUCUUCACAGUUUACAAGCGAGGUUGAUAAACAUGUUGAGGGCAAUGAUUCUAAAUCAGGUAUACAUGUAAGAUCUUUUGAUAAUGUCAAAAGUGCACCAUCAGAAAAAGAUCUAAAUAGUAAUACUGCUCCGCCUGUUAAUAACUCACAGAAGACCAAUGGCAGAAAUGGUUUAGACGAACAGUUGGAGCAACGAGUGGAAACUGUUACUAGAUUGCCAAGUCCGGUGAAAAAUAAAAUCAGGGAGCAACAGAAUAGAGUUAAUGGUAAAAGCCAGCAAUUAGAGGCUGUGACUUCGCCUGAGACAACUGCUGUCAUUGGGCGCUUGGAUGGGAACAAUAGUAAUGUCAUAGGUAACCAAUCAAAGAAACAAACAGGUACUAAAGAGGAAACUGAUAAGAAGAUAAGAGUGACACAUAAUAAUACCAAACGAGACUCAGCAACUACUGCUGAUUUAGGAAGUAUGGGUCUUGGAUCUAGAAGUAAAAAUGAAGGCUUGAUUGAUGUUUCGAGUAAUAUGGACCCUAUCUCAACCUCCGAUAAUAUGAAUCUUAACACUAAAGUUGCAGUUGGUAGUAGUUCACCGGCUCUAGUUGAUACCCAAAUGAAUAGAAUGAAUAGAAAUCCUGAUACUGACUCAGUAAAUUCAGUAUCUUCGCAGCUUGUAAAUAAAGCAGGUAUUGUUAGGGGUAUUUCUGGACAUAAUCAUGACACAGCAACUGAAGAAAGUUCGACCGAUGAUAGCUCCACUGAUGAAUCAUCUGAUGAAUCAUCAUCAUCUGAAGAUGAGAGUAAAGAUUAUAGAAAGACCAGGAGGUUGAUUGUUGAUGUGCCUAAAGGACCUGUAAUUGACAAAAAAAUUACAUCAAGUUCUAUUGAUCAAGAACAUCAAAAUAAUUCAGUUCAACAAAAUGACAACAAGAUUGAAGGCAAAAAAAUUGAAGCAACAACGUCUGGUAGCAACAGCACAAAAAAAGAACCCUUUGUUGGCGUGCUACAGGCGUUACCUGAAAAGAUAAGGCCUUCGCUAAGCUCUUUAUCAGAUUUAGUCUCUCGAGGAAUCCCUGAUGUAAGAGAGUCCACAAUCAAAGGUAGAAGCACGGCUCACCAAAUUGUAGGUGGAAAAGGAAAUUCCUCUAAUGUGUCUUUCUCACUUGGUGUCAGCAGUUCCCAACAAAAGAGUUUGGGAUAUAAGCCUACUGUAGAUAAGCAGGCAUCAGGUGUAACAAAGCAAAUACCAGUGAAACCACUGUCUAAUUCCGAAUCAAGUUCAGAGUCAAGCACAUCGGAAUCCAGUUCUGGGUCCGAAUCUGACUCUGAUUCAGAUAGUGACUCUAACACGAGCUCGGACAGCGACUCUGAUUCGUCAUCUGAUUCUGAUUCAAAUGAUGGUAAGUCCAAAAAGAAAAGCAAAGCAGUAGAUUCAUUUAUCAGUGCUAAAUCAGCUAGUAGUGCACUUAAGAAGAAAAAGAAGUCAACAGGCUUUGCUUCACUAAUACGAGACUCUAAAAAAAGGUGA